AUGCAUCUGCAUCAAUUCUUGAUCAUUCUUGCUCUUCUCGUGGGCAUAGCUUUCAGCUGCGUCCAUGAUUCUAUCGAGCCUGACGGAACCAUCGAGGAACCCACCCCGAGCCAAGAUCAGCCCGAAGGUCUUCGUCUGCAACUCCGAGACAUCACCAAACAGCUUGACUACAAAUGCGGCCCGAAAUACGGAUCAUGCCCCAGUGGUACUUGCUGCUCCAGUUCAGGCUUCUGUGGGACCACCUCAGCUCACUGCCGUUCUCCUGAUUGUAUGAUCGACUACGGCUUCUGCGACGCCCUCAAGACACCCAAGGGGCCUCCAACGAAGGACAUUCUCCGUCCUCACGUUGGCCGAGUUCCCUAUGGCCCACAGGAGAUUCGCUCGUGCACGGUUCCAGGAACGAUUGCUUUUACCUUUGAUGACGGUCCAACUCGGUACACAGGUGAUCUUCUUGACCUCCUCGACCGGUACAACGCGCCUGCGACUUUCUUCGUUACCGGAAUCAACAACGGGAAGGGUCCGAUUGAUGAUCCAACUCUGCCCUGGGCUGGCCUAAUUGAGCGGAUGAUUAUCAGUGGUCAUCAGGUUGCCAGCCACACCUGGUCGCAUGAGGAUCUCAGCAAGGUAAACCCCGAGCAGCGGCAAGACCAGAUGCUCAAGAAUGAGGUGGCUCUUCGAAACAUUCUUGGCAGCUUCCCUACCUAUAUGCGUCCACCUUACUCCAGCUGCCUUCCCGGCUCCGGGUGUCGAGAGGACCUCGGUGAUUUGGGGUACCAUAUCAUUCUGUACGAUAUUGACACCGAUGAUUACAAGAACGAUAGCCCGAACCUCAUUCAACUGUCCAAGGACAUCUUCGAUCGAUUCUUGAAUGCUGGUAAUUCCAAGACAAAUUCUUGGCUGGUCAUUGCCCAUGACGCACAUGAGCAGACCGUCCACAAUCUGACCGAGCAUAUGCUCAAGACGAGUGCAAGACUCGGAUAUCGACCUGUCACUGUUGGUGAUUGUCUUCGUGACCCUCGAGACAACUGGUACCGCACAGAUAACCGAGGGGCCGGACACAAGAACAAGAAAAAGUCCCCAAAGAAGGGCCCGAAGAAGUCCAACGCGCCGCAACAAGUCUCCGCCGAUGGUACCUGCGGGGCAAACUAUACAUGUCUCGGAUCGCAUUUUGGACUGUGCUGCGGCAGCACAAAUAUAUGCGGAAAUACCACCAGUCACUGCGGUCAUGGCUGCCAAAAGGAAGCUGGAUACUGCGCAAUUCAAAUUCCCUCGAACGGUGACGCAUGGGAUCCCAAGUUCCCAGGGACCAAGAGCGUCAAGUCAGAAGCGGACUCUAACGGUCGGGUUGUUGGGACUGCGGCUGCAACCUCGUUGGUGCUAGCCUUGAUUGUUGCUAUGUGGAUGUGA